AUGGAGAUGUCUGGUGAUAGGUGUGCUGUUUCUGGUGCUGCUUUCAAUGCUCGUUCCUCUCGUCUUUUUGCUUGGCCUUUACCACAACGGCUUUCACUCUACAGUUGCUUUCCAAGUCCUGGGGUCAAAAGUAUUGUUGUUAAGGGGUCUGUAAAGGUGAAUAAUCUGAUGCAAAUAUCUUUCGUAUAUUCACUUGAAGCCUUUGAGGCCUCCUUAAGAUUUGAUAGGCUUAUCGACUUUUUUAGUCUAUCUAAAGGUACACUUGUGGUGCCUCCUGCUGUACCUCAACCACCUCCCAGUAGAAAUAAUGUUGCAACUGCCGGUACAGAUGAAAUCGCCAAGCACAACAGAAGUGCAGUGGAAGAAAGUGAAAAAUGUGAGCUCCGAUUUGGAGGCUAUUGCCAUUGGCGUGAUGAGCAUAGAGAAAAGAUGAAGGAUUUUAUGGUGAAGAAAUUAAAGGACCAGCUUUUUGUGGCUAGAGCAUAUUAUCCUACCAUUGCAAAGCUUCGAUCUCAAGAGAAGUUAACUCAUGAAAUGAAACAAAAUAUUCAAGAACUGGAGCGUAUUCUUAGUGAAAGUACAACAGAUGCUGACCUUCCACCACAAAUUCAGAAGAAAUCACAGAAGAUGGAACAUGUGAUAGCCAAAGCUAAAACAUUCCCUGUGGAUUGUAAUAACGUUGACAAGAAAUUGAGACAGAUACUUGAUCUAACUGAGGAAGAAACUAAUUUUCACAUGAAGCAGAGUGCUUUCCUUUAUCAGCUUGCAGUGCAGACCAUGCCAAAGGGUCUCCACUGCCUUUCUAUGAGACUGAUCGUGGAAUAUUUUAAAUCUUCUGUACAUGAUAAGGAGUUGCCUGUGUCUGAGAGAUAUUCAGAUCCAUCAUUGCAACACUAUGUUAUAUUCUCCACAAAUGUACUUGCUGCUUCUGUUGUAAUCAACUCGACUGCUGUGCAUGCAAGAGAAAGUGGGAAUCUGGUAUUUCAUGUUUUGACAGAUGGACUGAAUUAUUUUGCAAUGAAACUAUGGUUCCUUAGAAAUACUUACAAGGAAGCUGCUGUCCAAGUUUUGAACAUUGAAAAUGUUACCCUGAAAUAUCAUGAUAAGGAGGCUCUGAAAAGCAUGUCCCUGCCUGUGGAGUAUCGUGUUUCUUUCCAUACUAUUAAUAAUCCACCAGCAACUUAUUUAAGAACAGAAUACGUAUCUGUGUUUUCUCGUACUCACUAUCUUCUUCCUUAUAUAUUUGAGAAGUUGAAGAGAGUUGUAGUUCUGGAUGAUGAUGUUGUUGUCCAGCGGGACUUGUCUGACCUAUGGAACCUUGACAUGGGGGGAAAGUAA